AUGCUGUUGAUCGAGCAAAAUGCCAUGCAACUCAUUCCUCUCGAUUCGCUCCUCUCCACAAUGUUGGCCGGUCUGGCGGCGGGAUUUAUGAUUUUUGGAGGUAUGUUGAUUUAUGUUGUUUAUGCAUCUUGUGAUAUUGUUUUUGAAAUUUUAGGUGUGGUAAUUUUGAAAUUGGAUUAUACGGGGUGGAUUUUUGGUUGAAGUUGUCGUAUAUAGGGGAUAGAUUUUGAUAGAGCUAGCACUUUUUCUAGCUGCAGGGAAAGAUGGGUUUAUUAAUACUUUUAAGUCAUACUCUAAGUCAUAAUUUAUAUUCGGGCUUUUUUGUAUAAUUUAUUACCUAAAUUUCUCUUUUUUUUCAAGAUUUCAUUUAUUUUAUGAUUUAAUUAGUCGUUUUUUUUGUGAAAAAUCACUUUUCGAGCAAAAAAUUAUAAAAAAGCAGCGGUUUGUCAAUAAAAGUACAAAAAGUAUGGUAGAUUAGCAUAUUAAUCAUGCCGUUUUGUAAAAAAAGUGAUUCAAACGUGAGAAAAAGGUCAUGUGGAACAACAAAUAAACUGGUUUUGAAUUUGAAAAGUUUUGACAAUGCAUAAACAAGUUAAUUUGAGUUUUUGUAAACAUGAAAAAAAUGUUUUUAUGCUAAUUUAUGAAAUUUUAAAAAUCUGAUUUUGAAACAAUUUUUUUUUAAAUUUAAAACUUUUUCAAAUUUUUUAUUGUGGUACCGAAGAUAUUGAAAUUGUAAUAUUUUUCAAAGUUAUGACCUUCCCAACCUCACCAAACUCAUUUCAGGAGCAAUCCCAUACGUGUUCCAGUACGCCGAGAUCUACAAACGAAAGUCGGCACUAGGCUUCUCGUUGUUGGUAUGCCUAGCACUAUGUGUCGCCAACAUUCUGCGUAUCGAGUUUUGGUUUGGGAAACGCUUCGAAAUCACGCUAUUGAUUCAAUCGGUGGUCAUGUUGGGUUGCAUGUUGUUGAUGUUGGAGAUCUCGGUACGAAUGAAUAGGAAAAUCACACCGCCAUCGCAACGGAAAAGUGUUUGGAGUGAGUUUUUUUUGAGUAAGGGUUAA